AGGAGUUCUGCCACCAUGAAGGACAUGGGGGAGUACAGCCACAUAGAGGAAUUUGCUGAGAGAUCCAAGAUCAAUGCCAGCAAGAAUCAACAGGAUGACAGUAAAGUGUUUAUUGGAGGCUUGAGCUGGGAUACAAGCAAGAAAAAUCUGACUGAAUAUUUGUCUCGAUUUGGGGAAGUUGUAGACUGCAUAGUUAAAACAGAUUCAGUCACUGGAAGAUCAAGAGGUUUUGGAUUUGUGCUUUUCAAAGAUGCUGCUAAUUUUGAUAAGGUUUUGGAACUAAAAGAACACAAACUGAAUGGCAAAUUGAUAGAUCCCAAAAGGGCCAAAAGAGGGAAAGGGAGAAAGGAAGCCACCAGGUCUGGGACUCAAACCAUGAACCCAGAUACUUCUGAAGAACAAACAAAAGAAUAUUUCAGAGCCUUUGGAGAGACUGAAAACAUUGAACUUCCCAUGGAUACAAAAACAAAUGAAAGAAGAGGGUUUUGUUUUAUCACAUAUACAGAUGAAGAACUAGUAAUGAAAUUAUUAGAAAGCAGAUACCAUCAAAUUGGUUCUGGGAAGUGUGAAAUCAAGGUUGCACAACCCAAAGAGAUGUAUAGGCAACAGCAACAACAACAAAAAGGAGAAGGACUCAAGGAACAAAAAUUGCAUCUGAUGGCCUUAAGGGCUCUGUGUUUGAAGUAA